CGGGCCCGCCCCCGCGCCCGCUCCGCGUGCCAACUGCUCUCGUCUGACCCCGCUCGGCUCCCGUCCCCGCGCAGACAUGGCGGCCACGGUGCUGGUGACCGAGCGGGGCCGCCGGUGCCUGUGGGCGCUGCAGCACCAAAAAUUGAUUUGGGGACAAAGAUGCCUGAAAUUUGCUUCAACAACAGAAAGAAGAAACAUAGAGAAGGUCCUCAUUGCAAACCGAGGAGAAAUUGCAUGCAGGGUGAUGCGGACGGCCAGAAAGAUGGGUGUGAAGUCUGUAGCAGUUUACAGUGAUGCAGACAAGAAUUCCAUGCAUGUUGCAAUGGCAGAUGAAGCAUAUUUCAUUGGUCCGGCUGCCUCUCAGCAGAGCUACUUAGCUAUGGAAAAAAUAAUACGAGUGGCCAAAAUAUCAACAGCACAGGCUAUUCAUCCAGGGUAUGGUUUCCUCUCAGAAAACACAGAGUUUGCCGAGCUGUGCAAACAAGAGGGAAUCAUCUUCAUAGGCCCUCCUUCAUCUGCUAUCAGAGAUAUGGGUAUUAAGAGCACCUCCAAGGCUAUAAUGUCUGCUGCUGGGGUUCCUGUCAUUGAAGGUUAUCAUGGUGAAGAUCAGUCUGACGAAUGUCUAAAGGAACAUGCCCGGAGAAUUGGGUAUCCAGUAAUGAUUAAAGCAGUUCGUGGAGGUGGAGGAAAGGGUAUGAGAAUUGCUCAGUCAGAAAAGGAGUUCCUGGACCAACUAGAAUCAGCCAGGAGAGAAGCAAAGAAGUCUUUCAAUGAUGAUGCCGUGCUGAUAGAAAAAUUUGUAGACAAUCCAAGGCAUGUUGAAGUCCAGGUGUUUGGUGACCAGCAUGGCAAUGCAGUCUAUUUGUUUGAAAGAGAUUGCAGUGUGCAGAGAAGACACCAGAAAAUCAUUGAAGAAGCUCCUGGGCCAGAAAUUGAGCCUGAAGUGAGAAGGAAACUUGGAGAAGCUGCUGUCAAAGCAGCUAAAGCUGUGAACUACGUGGGAGCAGGAACCGUGGAAUUUAUUAUGGACUCUCAACAUAAUUUCUACUUUAUGGAGAUGAACACCAGGCUGCAAGUGGAGCACCCAGUUACUGAGAUGAUCACAGGGACUGACUUGGUGGAGUGGCAGCUUAGGGUUGCAGCAGGAGAGAAAAUUCCCCUAAUGCAGGAAGAAAUUGAACUCAGUGGCCAUGCAUUUGAAGCCAGGAUAUAUGCUGAAGAUCCUAAUAAUAACUUCAUGCCAGGGGCUGGACCUUUACUCCACUUGUCUACACCACCACCUGACAGUUUUACCAGGAUAGAAACCGGGGUCAGACAAGGUGAUGAGGUUUCUGUGCAUUAUGAUCCAAUGAUUGCGAAGUUAGUUGUUUGGGCUGAGGAUCGCCAAGCAGCAUUGAGAAAGUUGCGGUACAGCCUUCAUCAGUACAAUAUCGUAGGACUAAGCACCAAUAUUGAUUUCUUACUAAGCCUGUCAGGACACCCACAGUUUGAGGCUGGAAACGUGCACACCAAUUUCAUUUCUCAAUACCAUGAUGAACUGUUUCCAGCCAAACAGGCCACCCCAAAUGAAAUUUUGUGUCAGGCUGCUCUGGGACUCAUACUGAGAGAGAAAAUGAUAACCGAUGCUUUUAGAGUUCAGUCUGGUGAUAAAUUCUCACCGUUUGCAUCCAGCAGUGGCAGAAGAAUAAAUAUAUCCUACACCAGAAAACUGACUCUCCUAGAUGGUGAAAACAAUGUGGACAUAACUAUAGAUUACAAUCAUGACGGUUCAUAUAACAUGCAGAUAAAAGAUAAAGCUUUCCAUGUUUCUGGAGACAUUUCUAAAGAGGGAGAUUCGACUUACCUGAGAUGUACAGUAAACGGGAGUGUUUGUAAAUCUAAGCUGGUCAUUUUGGACAACACUAUUUGCCUCUUCUCACUGAAAGGCAGUGCACAAAUUGGGCUUCCAAUACCUAAAUACUUAUCUGGAGCGAGUGCAACAGGAACUCAAGGAGGUGCUGUAGCACCUAUGACUGGGACAAUUGAAAAGAUAUUUGUGAAAGCAGGGGACAAGGUACAAGCUGGAGACCCACUAAUGAUUAUGAUAGCUAUGAAAAUGGAGAAAGGAACAAUGAAGCAAAACAAGAUGGAAAUAGCUGUGCUUCAAAAUGUAACCCCAAAUAGUGUUUUGUUUUCUUCUCCAGCUAAAUAUUGAAGAGGAAAGACCAAAGUAACUUGAAAAUGAGGUUCUUUCAAGAACAAAAAUAACAUUUUAAAAGAAUGAAAUGUAUCAAAAGAAGUGGCAAAUGUUGAUUUGAUCUAAUCUCAGCUCUGCUCAGUAUUUAUAUGGUUGAUUGUACUAAGAUGGAGUUGUUAUUAAAACAAGAAAGAAAUUUUUAAAAUAUUCUAUUGAUUUAUCUAUGCACUUGUUUUUAUGCAGCAUACCAUAAGGGCUCCAAAGGCAGGAAUAAUAAAGAAGGUUAAUUACCAGGAAGGCUCUCAGGCCAGCAGACAUGCUCCACUAGUUGAGUUUGUGGAUGAAGACAUGGAAUCAAAAUGAACUCCAAGGAAGGUGCUAUUUUUUGCUUUCUUGGUUUUCUCCAAGAAGAAGGUGUCUUUAUAUUUUGUUCAGCAUUCCAUGGACAUAGUUACAUUGCAGAUUAUAUCCACUUCCCCUAAAAACGGAGCAUUACUGAAUUGUAAUAAAAGUUAAACAGCUAAGGGUCUGAUCCUGCAAUCCUUAAUUGCUCAAUAGGAAUUUUACACUACAUUUGCCCGAUUAAUGACUGCAGGAUCUGACCUUAAAUUGGUAUUUACAGGUGUUUUUGUAGUGAUUGGAGACCAGCUUGCAAAGUAUUGCUUCUUGCCUACUCUGUCGUUAUGAGCUGCCAUAUUUUUCCCCUUAAACUUUCCUACAUUUCAGACUCCUUGUAAGGCAAUUUGAAAGCUGACAGUGAUAGGCAAGUUUAAAUGAGUGCAUAAUAAUAAUAUCAUCCUUACUGAGGCAAAACUCCCAUAAAUGGCCUGAGUUUUGCAUGCAGGAUUGGUCCCAUCACAUAUACUCUUAGCUAGGACACUUUAUCUCUUGGUGCCUCUUGUUUAUCCAUUUGUAAAUGGGAAUAAGCGUGCUAAGUUAUGUCACUCGGGUGGGGUGUGUGAGGGAGACUGAAUUUCCAUAAUUAUUGUAAAAUACUUUGAAACUCUCUGAUGAAAGGUGUUGUAGAAGGGAAAAGAAAUAUUAUUGCUAUAUUAAUCAAAACUGAAUCUGUUUUCAGGAUGGAUUAUUUUAUCUUGAGAGCUCAGAUUGUAAUACAGAAAGACUGUACAUGUAUUUAAUAUUAAAAUGUUUGUGCCAUAAUAAAAUAUGUAUUUUAAAAUUCA